GCCAAUGGAUUCUCCUCCACGGUUUCUUGAAACCUGGCCGGUGUUUCCUCUCCCUAUUCCACUCUCCCACUCCAUAAAAGGAGAGCGCUUUUUAUAGCUUCGUCUCCUUCGCUUACACAAAAUCUUGCGAUAAAGAGAAAAUCACACGGCCCGUUUCCAGAAGAACAGCGAGAGAGAGAGAGAGAGAGAGAGAGAGAGAGGGGGUCGAGGAAGGAUUUUUCAUCAUGGAUGGUAGCGCGGCUACGAGGAGCAGUUGCUUCAUCGCCGACGACGACGACGACGACUGGCUGGCCGACAUGGAGGCCGGGUUCUCGGAGAGCUUCCACGCGCCGAUGAAGAACGUGGCCAGGUCGUCGCCCGUCGCCUCGCCGAGAUCCCCCGCCACCGCGAGGUUCUACGACGCGAGGUUCGAGGACCACCACCAGCCGCAUUUCCUGGAGACCUGCUUCCUCUGCAGGAGGAGGUUGGGGAGCAACAGGGACAUCUUCAUGUACAGAGGGGAGCUAGCGUUCUGCAGCGAGGACUGCAGGCAGGAGCAAAUAGAGAUGGAGGAAACCAAGGAGAGGAGCUGGAACCUCUCUUCCUCCGUGAAGGCCCUGAGGAAGAAGGAGCACGCCAAGUCCACUUCUGCUCCCGAAGCUCAGGACCCGCACUUACCCAGUAGAACCGUCGUUGCCGUUUGAUCCGAGUGUUCCAUAAAGUUUGAAGAUCAUAUACAUAUAUAUACAUAUUAUACAUAUAACCAAUACUCUUUUAGCCUGUAAUUAAGCUUUAGUCGCGUGUAUUGUAUCGAAAAAGAUGAUGGUUAUGUCGCUGGCCUCUCUGGAACAUGAAGAAGGCCGAGGAAGAGAAUAGAGUGUACAGUAGCUGAAGAGGGGAAGAUUGCUGUUUUUGAGGAUCUUCCCAGUUUCGCUCUUGUUAUUUUUUGCUUGUUUUUGUUGGGACUCUUUCAUGUAUAAGCCCUCAAAGUAUAUAACAAUGAGUGAGCCUGGUUUAUCUUUCUUUACCUCCA